AAAUAUUAUGCCCACUUUUAUUUAGUUGUUUUACUUUGCCAUAUUUUGAGUCAAGUUAGUGCUAAUACAAAAAUGCAAGUAUCAAGGUUUCUCUUAAAUUCAAUCAAAAACCACUCUAAACAGACCCUAAAUACAUAUGAAAGGGAAGGCUGUCUUGCUAAGUUGGGGGAAAUUCAGUUUUUUGGUUGCUAUAAGGAAAAGGGGAGAGGAUUAUUUCAAUCUUCAGAAGCUUGAUGUGGAAAAAGCCUUAAAGUAAAUCUCCGUCAGAUUCAGCUAUUGUCGUUUCAAGUUUUAUUCCUAAGCAAAGGUAUGAUGUAUUGAUGAUGCAAAAUCACGCCCUGUAAGUUCGCUGAUGCUUUCCAUGAUACUGCCUUCCUCCCUCAAAAAGAAAUGGGGUGAUAAAGAGAGAGGAGAAACGACUCAAAGUAGAACAGGAAGGAUAAAUAUAAACCAUUUAUUUUCUAAUUAUGGAUUGGACUGCAAUUUUUCUGAUUACUUGUUUCUUGUGUAGGUUUAUCCCUCCUAAGCACUUCCAUUCAGCCAGCUGCCUGAGAUCGGGUAGAAAGACUAAUGAUCCGCCUUUACUAACUGGACCAUCCCCAACACCAAAAUCUUGGAAACCUUAUAUAUUACCUGGAGCUAUUUUGGGAGGAUUCAGUGGACUAGUCCUUUUUCUUCAUUAUAAUGAUGAAAGGAGAGCAAUUCCAAAAGGUCAAGGGGAGAAAUUUGAAAGAAGUGCAAUCCAAGGGCCAAUCAUUGGCGGUCCCUUCAGCUUAUUUGAUACAGAAGGCCAUUUCGUUACUGAGCGCAACUUGCUGGGAAACUGGGUUCUUCUCUACUUUGGUUAUACUUCAUCUCCUGAUGUUGGUCCGGCAGAAGUCCAAAAGAUGGCUAAAACAAUGGAUAUUCUAGGUUCAAAACAGGAUCAUCAUAAGAUUCUCCCAGUAUUUGUCACAAUUGAUCCUCAACGUGAUACCCCUUCACAACUUCGAGCUUAUCUUAAAGAGUUUGACCCGAGAAUAAUGGGAUUAAGUGGACCAGUUGCUGCUGUUAGACAGAUGACACAGGAAUAUCGAGUUUACUUUAAGAAGAUUGAUGAAGAAGGUGAUGAUUAUCUGGUAGAAUCUUCUCACAACAUGUAUUUGGUGAAUCCAAAAAUGCAAGUAGUUAGAUGCUUUGGCGUGGAAUACAGUGGGGAGGAACUGGCCGAUGCAAUAGUUAAGGAGCUAAAGAAAGCUGAGACAUAACAAUACUUGGGGUAGAUUUGGCAAAGUGGAGCCAGCCGUUCAAUUUUUGCAUAUUGUCGUGGAGAUGUAAGGACCUUUGCAGCAGCUGAGUUCGUUGAGGUGGGCUAGUCAUCUCUCAACAAUUUAGUAGUUAGGAGAAAGUUUUCAACAGAAAUUUCUCUCAACAAUUUAGUAGUCAGGAAAAAGUUUUCAACAGAAAUUUCUCUGAUGCUAAGAUGGUCAGAGGCUGGAAAGAAACUAGCAAUAUCUUCAUAUCAUGCAAAUUGGUUCUGAUACUUUUUGCUACAUCUCUUACUCUUCUGGGCUUUAAUGAAUUUGGACCUGGUCGACGGGUAAUGCAAAGUAGGUGGUUGUUUGGUUGCCUAGCAAAA